CUACAUCUAUCCCUGUGACCACUAUGGAAACACUGCCCACUCUCCACUCUACAGAUACAACCACUCUGACUACAUAUACUCCUGUGACCACUGUAGAAACAUUGCCCACUCUCCACUCUACAGACACAACCACUCUGACUGCAUCUGUGCCAGUCACCACUAUGAAUAUAGUGGCUACCCUUGACUCUACAGAUACCAUGCUGAGUCCAGUUAUGAAUACAACCUCCUUUACUACAUCUGGGCCAGUAAGCACAACUCCUCUGAGUUCAGCUGUGAAUACACUGCCUGCCCUUGUCUCAAAAGAUAUUACCUCUACCAUAACCACUACACAACUGACAAAUAACACAACUACACCAUUUACAAACAUAACAAGUUCUUUGGUCAACACAUCACUUCUUGUCCUUGCAACCACAACAAAUGCAUCUCUGCUAAACAGUGCUGUUAAUGAUAUAGAGACAAAGUCCUCUGCAAGCACAUCUUCGGUUGUACCAGCCUCGUCAGCUCUUACUUCACCUGUCCCAGUCAUGACCACAACUACAGUGCCUGCACCUGACCCUACAAAUACCAUCCCCCUCACUACAAGAGUGGCAGACGUGACCAAUUCUACAGCAACUACCACUGCGACUAGUAAUCAGCUGACUGUGGCUAAUAUCACCACAGUGACUGCUGCACUAGCAGGAAGACUGCCUAUAACUAGUCGUACGACGACCAGACUGCUACAUAAUGCAUCUCUUGUCACUACAGCUGUGACAUUACCAGCUGCUGAUGCAAUCACAGCAAUUCAAGAUUCAGUUACUACAGAGAAAACAACCUGGACUUCAUCUGCAUCAGCAGCGAUCCUGACAACAACCCCCAGAGUAACAACAAGGCAGAGUGUGACAAACAACAAAUCAACAGCACAAGCAGAGCCCUCAGCGAGUACAACCACAGAGGCUACAAAUCAGAUUCCUAAAGUAACAGUAAAACAACUGGCAGACCUUUCCACAGCCCAAAGUGAGCCAGCAAAAGAAAAGGCAGCAAACAGCCUGGCACAGCCCACAGGCACUCAGAUGCAUGUUUUAAGAAUGAAUGUGUCCCUCCUCGCUUCUACCAUAAUAAAUAAUGAAACAGUAGAAAAAGCUAUGGAAUAUCUAAAAAACAUCAUGCAAGAUCAUUUCAAAGAUGAACAUUGCACAUUUAGGAUUCUGAAAAUACAGAAGAAAUGAAUAUAUACAUGUUUUAUUCUCCUUAUGAAUCUGCAACUCUUGACAAAAUCUACAUAUUUUUGGAAGCUUGGCAACAAAUCAAGGCCACUUUCUUUAUGAGUUAAUGUGGAGCAGAAUGCAUUAUUCAUCUGUUUAUCUUAAAUCAGUAUUCAUGUAAUCUAAUAUUUGAAUGUACUAAACAUUCUUACUAACUAUUCCAGCUGGUUUUCUGAAGUGAGGUAGAAUAUUAGUGUUGCUCUGUGUACAAGCCCACAGGUGAAGCAUUCUGCACUGAAGCCUGUGCAACACUUAUAUCGUUCUCCACCUUACUACCCCCAAGAAACAGCCUUUUCAGAAGCCAUCUUGCUGGAAUAGUUAGUAAGCUUGGCAAAACACUGACCUAAUAAAAAACAGCAACAGAUGGUAGCCGUACAGAAAAAACAAUAGGAUAUUAAACCAUUAAGAAAUGCUGUAUCAGGGGAUUUAUUGGAUUAGGACCACUGGUUGAUGUUUAGCACUAAAGACUGACGUUUCAUCAUAACACAUGAAAACAUGCAGUAUACCCAUUGCUUUAUGCUGUAUGAAUAUGAACAUGUUUAGCCUUUAUUUGAUUUUAAAAAAGUAUUUCUAAUUCUUAAAACUGGUGAUUAUUCACAUUGUUAAAUGCAUCAUUCUGUGUGUGAUUAUAUCUGCUAUAUGGAUGUGAGUGUAAGAGCACCUCUGUAAUUUGUAAUCUGGGUGGGUUAUAAAUACAUGCAAUACAUUAAAUACUGGAUUAUUAACAUAUCUUUACUGUACAUAUCAGCACUACAUUUCUUUUACAUUUUUAUUUCCAGUCCACUUUUGAGGAGUUGUAUAAAUGUGUAGGGAACCUGCAACAACCUUCUGAUACUGUUCAAUACAAAGCUGUUCUCACCACUACAAACUCGGGUUCAACAGGUAACUAGGCAAGACAGGCAAACCUUUCUGAUAACGUGUCUCUUUACAUUUCCAAUAUCAAUAUCAGUUUUUGGUGCAAGUAUCAUAAUGACCCUUUUCAAGAUCACCAAGCAGUAAAAACGUUUAAAAAGAAGACACCGAUUUAUUAUUUUGAUUAGCUGAUGUACAAAACCAGUUUGAAUUUAAACAAAGAUGUUGCUGUGGCACUUCUUGGAUGUACUUAGUAGUAAAUACUGGUG